UUUCAAAUCGAUAGUCGAGUGAAUCAACGCCGUCUCCCACCGGACUUCACCUAUCACAAUGGCAGAUAAACAAAGUGCUCAGAAAAGUGUCAAAAUAGCCGCUGGAGCGGUAGUUUGUGUUGAAAGUGAAAUUAGAGGAGAUGUGACCAUAGGCCCUAGGACAGUUGUCCACCCAAAAGCUCGCAUCAUUGCAGAGGCAGGACCAAUCGUAAUUGGAGAGGGCAAUUUGAUCGAGGAACAAGCUCUGAUCAUUAAUGGUUACCCAGAAAACAUCACACCAGAUUCUGAGGUGGAACCAAAGACGAUGACCAUUGGCAUGAACAAUGUAUUUGAAGUUGGCUGUGUGUCUCAAGCCCUGAAAAUAGGGGACAACAACGUGAUUGAAUCUAAAGCUGACGUUGGCAGGAAUGUAAUCCUCACCAGUGGCUGUAUCAUUGGAGCCUUCUGUCAGGUCAACACCUGUGAAGUCAUACCUGAGAACACGGUCAUCUAUGGCUCUGGAUGUAUGAGGCGGGUUCAGACUGAGAGACCACAGCCCCAGACUCUUCAGCUCGACUUUCUGAUGAAGAUUUUGCCAAACUACCACCAUUUGAAGAAAACCAUUAAAGCAGGCCACAGUGCCAGCUAAAAUAUAACUGAAUGCUUUCUAAGUUGAAUUGUAAAUGGUUAGCAAACCUGUAUUUAAAUGGAUCUUGCUGCAAAGAAGCAUGAAUGUAUAUAAUUAUGAAAUAUGUACUUAGCUUCAUCAGUGCUUUUUUGCACUUUCUUAAAUCUUUUCUACUCAACCGCACCAGCUGAUUAAGCAUUUCUUCUUUAUCUUGCUGUGCUGAUGUACCCUUUUCUAUGAUUAAUUAAAUAAUCUCAAAAAAUGCUGCUGGCGGUCACUAUGUACUGAUUUAUGAUCGCAGUGGUUACUGGAAUUUCAUCAAAAGGUUGAAAAUAGUGCAGAAAGAAUGCAUAGGAGUUAGUGAUCAGAGUG